AAACAAGGGUGACGUUGCUACCUACUACGAGUGCGCGGAAUGUGUGAAACACUUCCUACAUGCCUGGUUCGCAUCACUGAAUUGACAAGUUAGCUAGCACGGGCUCUGUUAGGCAACUGUCCAGAACCGUUUACUUCCUUGCGCAUCUAGAACACGUGAUUUCAGUUGCUGCAGGCUCCUUGUUUGAGCGACAGCACACUGGCCGUGAGAGCAGAGACCGCCACGCGAGUAUCAGCCGCUUUAUUUUUAAGCUAUGUCACAUCCGAUGUUUGAUGCUAAUUAGAAGCAUGAUUAAUAACAAAAUAAAUUACAUAAUCCCAAGGCUGAUUCGCGAGACGAAUCUAAACCUAAUUAGUCUAUGAUUAACCCAUGUGAUGCUACAGUAAACAUAUGCUAAUUAUAAAUUAAUUAAACUUAAUAAAUUCGUCUAGUGAAUAAACCUUGGACUUAAGCAGUUAGUUUUAUAAUUAGUUUAUAUUUAAUUUUUCUAAUUGGCAUUGGAACAUUUGAUCAUUCUCAAUAGGGGUUUCAUGAAGGAUUUUAUGGUAUUAAAUAUUAUUAAUUUUGCUGAUAUGACAAUAAGAGAUAAAAUUUUAUGGGAUGUGAGAGAAUUUCAUCAGCAUGAAACUCAUCUAACACGGUUACCUAGUUCCCGCCUUUCCGGUCUAGAUAACUCUGCCAUAAAACUGUGCAUUGCGACUGGAUGUCAUAGGAUUUUAAAUUAUUUGAUCCAAACACCCAAGGCCGGAGAAAAGCGUACUAGCUUGUGUUCACUUCGACUCUUGACUACGGUGGUUUCUAAAAGGCCAAAACAGAACCGACUGGGUCCCUUUUGUUUACUAGUGCGGCAGACUUUCUAACUGCUGACCACACCGGCACGUUGAACACAAAACCUUCUAGCGAGGAUUCAUUAUUCAUAGAGGAAAUACGGAUCCAGUCAUCCAGAACCAAGACCGAGGACCUUUCUUCCAUGGACGGCAGCCAAUGAAAACCACGCGGGUGUGCACGCAAGAACGCGGGAGGCGCCACCACCUGACUUCGCCGAGGGAGUAAUUGGCAUCUUGCGAGAUCCAGCAGCUGGUCACGGUCAGCCACGCGCUCUUCCCAUCGCUUCGCCGCCAUCUCCCUCUCGUCCGCCACCCCCCGUAGGCCUUCUGAGAAAGUCUCCUCGACCAGGGGCCUGGCAGCCUUAUUAACGGAGGCGGGGCGGCCACCAGACCAAGAAGCUAGGAAAAGUAACCUGUUCGGCCAUGGAUCUCUUGCUACACCGCCGCCUGCCGCCGCUCCUCCUCGCCGUCGUCUUGGUCGCCGCCUCCCAUGUCGUUCCUUCCAGCGGGGACGGCGGCGGCUACGACGCCUCCUUGUGCCUGCGGCAGCCCUACACCUGCGGCAACGUCACCAUCAAGUACCCGUUCUACAGAAAGACGGGAGCUCUGCUGGAGAACUCCAGCUCGUACUGCGGCUACCCCGGCCUGGAGAUCCAGUGCGAGGACGGGAAGGCGUUCCUGGAGCUCGAGAGCGGCAACUACACCGUCUCGAGCAUCGACUACGACAACCUCACAGUCCAGCUCGUCGAUCCCGAGGUCGUCGACGGGAGGAGCUGCCCCUGGACCGACCACAACGUGACGUUUCGGAGCUUCGAAUGGUUCUACUAUCCCAACACCACGGUCGACCUCCUCUUCUUCCUCAAUUGCAACUUCCUCUCCUCCGACUUGUUCCGGCCGUCAGACUCCAACUCCACCGCCUGCAAAUUCGAUGGCGGCGGGCAGCAGGCGUGGCCUGGGAUGUCCUUCGUGUUCUUGGAGCAAGACGUGCCGUUCCGGGACACGAACUGGUGGCGGAACUGCAGCGUAGUUAUCGAAGUGCCCGUGCUCAGAUUUGGUCUCCCUCUUGAUCCACAAAAUGAUCCCACAUGGAAGGACGGUGGGUACAGCAGCAGCCUUCGUGACGGAUUCCAGUUGGCGUUGAAUCAGAGUCAGAAGCUCCCGGCGUGUGACCAGUGCGAGCGAUCGAAGGGGCAGUGCGGCCACAACCAGACGGGGGGAUUCGUAGCCUGCUUGUGCUCCGGAGGCCGAGUCAGCGCUGCUCACAAUUGCACCGCCGAACCUUCCGGCGGAACAUCAAAAGGGCAAAAAGGAGUGAUUAUUGGUGUCUCGGCUGCUGCUGGUCUUGCCGUGCUUGCUGUUGCCGCAGUUUUGUCCUUGACUAGGAAAUAUGGAUUGCUGCCCUAUAAAUCAAAGCACGAACCAAGGAUUGAGUCCUUUCUGCAAAAGAACAGGAACCUUUAUCCAAAAAGAUACAGUUAUGCAGGUUUGAAAAGAAUGACGAGAUCAUUUUCUGUAAAGCUAGGCCAAGGUGGAUUUGGUGCUGUAUACAGAGGCAGCCUCUCUAAUGGCUGCCAGGUAGCAAUUAAGAUGCUAAAAGACACCAAGGGUGAUGGGGAAGAAUUUAUGAAUGAGGUGGCAAGCAUUAGCAGAACCUCUCAUGUCAAUGUUGUUACACUUUUAGGAUUUUGUUUGGAAGGAUCCAAAAGGGCUCUCAUUUAUGAGUACAUGCCUAAUGGUUCACUUGAAAGGUAUGCCUUCAGCAGCAGUAUGAACAAUGAAAAUACUCUAAGCUGGGAGAAAUUAUUUGACAUAGCAAUUGGCAUUGCAAGAGGACUUGAGUAUCUUCACCGAGGAUGCAAUACUCGCAUCGUACAUUUUGAUAUCAAACCCCACAAUAUUCUAUUAGAUCAGGAUUUCUGCCCUAAGAUAUCUGAUUUUGGACUGGCCAAGCUAUGCCUGAAUAAAGAGAGCGUUGUCUCUAUUUGUGGUGCAAGAGGAACAAUAGGCUAUAUUGCCCCUGAGGUCUAUUCAAAAAGAUUUGGAACAGUAAGCAGCAAAUCUGAUGUCUACAGUUAUGGAAUGAUGGUACUUGAGAUGGUUGGGGCAAGGGACAAGAAUAUCAGUGGAGAUAGUGAAUCUAGUACCCAGUACUUCCCUCAAUGGAUCUAUGAACAUGUGGAUGAAUACUGCAUCAGUGCUUCUGAGAUUAAUGGUGAGACCACAGAGCUUGUGAGAAAGAUGAUAGUGGUAGGUCUGUGGUGCAUACAAGUGCUUCCAACUGAUCGGCCAACAAUGACUAGAGUCGUCGAGAUGCUAGAAUGCAGCACAAGUAAUCUGGAGUUGCCACCAAAGGUGCUCUGGAGUUGAUAAGGGUCCAUUUAUGUUCCUAAUAAGGUGUAGCUCACUGGUACCAGGUUGCACAAAGUGCAAAUAUUUGCUGUACAUUGGAAAACUAAGGGUAUGAUAAGCUUCUUCUUCCUAAAACUAAACACCUCCAUGCUUUUCAAAGCACAUAACAGUUAUAGCCAGAUAGUGCUCAGGUCCAAUCAAUCAUUUUGGAAUUCUUCACUUUCACAAUCUUUUCCUAGAGUGAACUCUUUUCCACCUAAAGAAUCGAAUUCUUCUGAUGUAUUACCACACAUUUUUACUGGUCAUAGAAAGACAUGGUCAUAUAAUUUUUACUGUCUUUAGUUACAAA